UUUAUUUAUUUAUCUUUCUUAACGUCAGAACGAAUUUACAUUUCUGAAGCACCUAUUGAACCAAAAAUGUAUUUCAACCAGUCAAAAAUCCAAAAUAAUGAAGUUGAAAGAACUUACUUUAAUGAGAAAACAGCAGCUCCAUUAACAGAAUCAUUUAACCCUUAUUAUUUCAAGAGGCAUGAAGGACAUAAUUUUGAUGAAAUUGAAACAGAAGCUACAACAUCCACUGGACUGAAGUUUGCUCUACCAGUAAUGCCAGAGUUUCAUCUUGAAACUGAAAAACCAAUUCUAUCUUUGAUAAAUUAUGUAGCAGAUAAUGUCAGGAGCCUUUGUAAACUGGAAACAACCGAGUCUUUAGCUAAAGUCACUGCGGAUCGUUAUGGUCUAAACAACAAUAUCAAGAUUGGUAUGGAGUAUUGCGAUACCAAAAUAUUUGGUAAAACACGAUCUUAUUACAAACAAUUUUUGGAACCUAAGAACACGAAGAGUUUCAUGGAAGGAGACUCUUUGAUUAUUGGUCAAAAUAGAAAAACUUUUGGAGGAAUAUCGAGAUCUGUUAGUAGUAUACAACAGGCAGCCUCAAAAAUCACAAAUAGGCAUUGAUAAACGUAAUUAGGAAAAGAUGUUGUUCUGACAAAUAAAUUCAUCGUGAAAAAAUACAUAUCAUUACUAUUAAAGCAAUAUUUCAUCUAUAUAUACAUAUAUUUUUAUAAAUUUUUUCUGUACAUAUUUA